AUGAAGACAAUGGCGGUCGCGUUCUUCGUAUUAUCCCUCACACUAGUGGUCAUACCGCUCAUAGCAGAGGCAGAAGAGAGCGAUGAUGCAAAGAAGGCAGCAGAAGACUUCUGCGCCACUCAUUGUGCAGACAAGAAGGAGCCGGCUAUCAACAGCAACUGCAAGGAGUCAUGCGCCCUCUCCCAGCGCGUCGACUUGGUGUUCUUCGAGAGUGUCACAUGCUUGGGCAAAUGCACCCAAUUUGACAAUGUCCCUGCCAUGAAGUCUUGCGAGGAAGGAUGCAAAAAAGAGUACAAGGCAAAAGCGGCAGAGGUCGCCGCUAGCUGCAACACGGUCUGCAGCAAGGUGGAGAAGGACCCACAUCGUAUCGAAACAUGCAAGAUGGCAUGCACCCCGCCUAGCUCCUAA